UUUAUAUAUAUAUCUAUACCUAGGAUGUUGUCUAGUCGUUUAUUGAGAGGUGUAGUGAAUCCUGCCAGAAGGCUCUACUCCACCGGUGUAUGGAGCGACUUUUCCAAAAGACCUGAGUCUCUCAAACUCAUCGAUCAACAAUAUCAAAAUGAUUUAUUGAAGGGUAUUGACCCAGAAGUUGGACCAGCUUCUAUUGAACAAGAAGACAGAAAACUUGCAUACCACUCCCCGGUUGCUAUUGACGAGACUUUUGCCAUGGCAUACGAGUUAUUACAAACGGAAAGUAAGGCUGUAUAUGACCAAAUUGCAGUGGAAAAGGAUCAAGCUAAAAUAGAUCAACUUUCGGUAAAGGCAGAAAAGUAUAACCCUGAAGUAUUAUUCAACAUUGAGAAUUUCCCAGAAAAGAUCGAUAGAGAACAACCAGUAUACAGAAAAUAUUUGAAGGAAUUGUGGGAAUCCCACGACAAAAUGUUAACCAUGCAAAGAUUAGAACAACAUCAUGUGAUUCCAGACACCUUGCCUACCUUGGUACCAGUUGCUGAAGUGAAGGUGAAGUUCCCACACAACACCGCUUCUGAAUUUAAGAGCUGGGUUGAACCAGGUACCAUCUUGCCAGCUUUUGCGGUCAGUAAACCACCAACCAUUCAAAUCCAAGAAUUUGAAAGAAUUGCAAAGGAUCUGUUGUACUCCGUUAUUUUGGUUAACCCAGACACUCCAGACUUGGAUACCAACACUUUCAAGACUACAUUGCAAUAUGGAUUAUGCAAUGUUCCAUUAUCCAACAGUGAUAUUUCCAUCGACACAUUGAAGCUUUUACAACAUGGUGAUAAGUAUACUUUCUGUGAUUAUGAACCAUUGGUUCCAGAAAAGAAUGCUCAAACCCAAAGAGCAUGUCUCUGGGUAUUCCGUCAAGAAAAGGAAUUGCCAGUAACCAACUUGAACAAGGAAAGAGACUCUUUUGAUAUCAGAUCUUUCACUGAACAACAUGGUUUGACUGCCGUUGGUGCACACAUGUGGAGACAAGCAUUUGACAGAUCUGUCAAUGCUGUUAGAGAAGACUACAACUUGGGUAAGGGAAGAGUAUUCCAUAGAGUGAAGAGAAACCAACCAGUCAUUGAUUACUCCGGUAUUAAUGUUGUAUAGAUUCAGCCAGAAACUUGUAUAUAAAUAGAAAUGAACAGCAUAAGUAA